AAUAAACAAAAACAUCACAUGUACAGAUUGCCAAAGCUCGUUUCAAGGCUACUUGGAAACGGUGCAAGGGCCUGAAAAAGGCGCGCAAACACACGUUGAACACUCUUGAAGGGUUUAUAGUGUCGCUGAGCAGUUGUAUCAAUAACCUAGGCGUAACAAAGACGCUCGACAUGAUCCACGCUUAGCCAAGCAAGAAAACAGGCCCUCACUUCGGGCGCGACCCAGCAGCCCGGCAGAAUGCCGCCGAGAGCUGCGCCAGCUAAUCGCGGGCGACAACCCCCUGAGAACCCUUGCAUGCGCAUCCUUCGGGAUAUCGCGGGCUAUGCACCGGACAUCAUCGCCAGCAAGAAUGGACAAGUCUCAAGCACGAGCUCCCAAAAGCUGUUGGGUGCUGGCUUCAGCUUGAUGACACUCCCGACGCCGAUGUCCCAGGAGGCGUGGAGCACCGCGUGGUCAGACCCCGCCCUCCGCGUGCCGCUGUUCCAGGUGUUCUCUUGCUUGGUCCGCCACCUGGAGAAGCUCAUGGCGCUCAAGGAUUCAGACGAGAACCCAUCCUUCCGCGCCUUCCACUGCAUCUUCAUCUGCAUCGCCGUGGGCCUCGGCCCCCUCCUCAGCGGCCAGCUGGUGCCGCCGGUCGCCACCGCCACGCGAGUCAAGGUGGCUAAAAUGGCGGUUGACACGCAGCUGCUGCACGCGCUGACCCGGGCACUGGCCGCCCUGGUGGACGCGGAGACCAAGGGAAGCAAGCAGAUCGUAGCCGCAGCGCGCAUUGGCGACCCCAACGCCGGGCCUCUGCUCCAAGAGCAAACACCGCGCGCGGCGACGGUGGAGUACUGCGGCGUGUGCGUCCGGGCCUUCAUCGAGGCAGCGUUGGGUCCCGACGCGGAGAAAAUGCGGGCGGUGGGGCUGCACCGAGCAAUUGAGUCCAGUGGCGCGCUGCCGCGGCUGGCGCGGAGCAUGAUGCCGCUUAGCAAUGUCGCGGUGGAGCUGGAUGAGGCGCUGAUGGCGGCCGCGGCGGCGAAAGCGGGCGGCAGGGCGGGCGGCAGCCGCGGCACCGGCGGCAGCAGCGGCAGCAGCAGUAGCAGCACCGCGGUCCGUGUUCACCGCGAGGGCGCCAUCAAACAGAUCCGGCGCGUCUGUGCUAUUGUCAUGGAACUGUGGGACGGCCACGCGGAGGCUAUUCAAGCGGCGGCUCGCUCGGAACCCAGCGGCGGCGGCAAAGCCGGCGAGGCCGCCGCCAGUCGCAUCCGCUGGUUCGAAGGCCUGCUGUCGGACCCGUGCGUGCGGCACUUUAUGCUGCAGCACCUAUUGGCGCAGGUGGCGGCGGCAGACGGCGGCAGCUGCUACGGCAUGGCGCCGCGGCAGCUGCUGCAGGCGGCGGAACCGAUGGUGCCGGAGUCCGACGCGAUGCGGCUGGAGGUGCCCAACGAAGACCCCUUCCACACGAUCAUGGCGGCCAUGGGCGGAGGAGCCGAGGUCCCGCUGCUGCUGCUUGACUGCGUCUACACGUCCGUGGCGGGAUGGACGGUGCACAGCCGCCCGCCGCCCGCCGCCGCUGCUGCCACCGCAGCAGGAUCUGGUGGUGGUGGCGGCGAUGGCGGCAGCGACUGCAGGAGCGGGAGCGGCAUCACGCCGGACUUGCAGUGGCCGCCGGGAGUGCCGUGGCAGGCACGGAACGUGUUUGCGCUGGUGGACAGCGGCGGCCGCUCGGGGCUGCUGCGGCGGCCGGACGUGCCGCUGCGGGGCAUGCAGGGGUUGAUGAGGCGGCUGGUGGACGUGUGCCUGGCCAGCCUGGUGCCGGGCAUCAAGAAGCACCAGCAGGAGCAGCAACGGAAGCUGGGCGGAAAGGCCGGCGCCAGCGCAGGGACGACGGCGCAGCUGUACACGAUCGCCAAUGCACAGCCCACCGCCACCGGCAGGGCCUUCCCGGCCCGUGGCAGCCUCAUGUGCGCAUCGCGGGCCACCCUCCUCGCCUUCAGCAACCGCUGCCUGCAGGCGCAGGAGCGGCUGCAGCAGCAACAGCAGAAGGGUGGGGUGGCGGUGGGCUGGGGCCAGGCGCUGGAGCCGCCGCAGGGCGACAUACGCGCCCUGUGGAGGCCGCUGGUGCGCAUCACACACGCGUGCUUAGACGUGGCCCUGGUCACCGGUGUCGACCUGGGAGAAUGCGGGUUUGACAAAUCCGGCGAGGCCGCCGCCACGGCGGACGCCGACACCAAGCCGCCGCUGUACAAUGAGGCGGUGGACGCCCUGCGGUUCAUUGAGCGCCUCAUGUCGCCGUGCGGGGGGCUCCGGCUGCCGCGUUUGCCGCCUGCGCAUGCCGGGCUCUUCACGCUGCUGCCGUCGCCGCCGGACGGCCUGCGCACGGCGCUGGAGGCCGGCUACGUGCCCGCACUGGAGCGGCUGCUGCGGGCGCUGCACCGCACGGAGGGCUCCAACCGGGAGCUGUGCCACCGCUCCCUGGGCGGCUUUGGGCUGUUCGCCUCCCACUUCCGCUCCUUUGAGCCGGUGUGGGCCGCCGUGUUUGCGUACGGCGAGCCGAGAGAGGUUGCGUCGCUCAUGGCUACGUCGGCCACGACGAUGCGAUUGAUGAUGUCAUUCGUGGUGGGCAUCGCCGAUAUGACUUGGGAUCCCGAGUACACCACCGGCACCAUCCGCGCCGCCAAGCGGCGGCUGCCCGGCGAGAUGGCCAUGCGGCGCCGCCUCAUCCGCGGCCCCAACCUGCUGCAAGGCGUGCUCACUUGGCUGGCGAACUCGGCCGCGCCGGGCGGCGCUCCAGCGGUUUCCAAUGGCUGGGCCGCGGCCGCGAUCGAGGCGCCCGGUGCAGGGCCGGCGGCGGGCGCGCUUGUGCUGGGAGAGCGCUGGUGGCAGCGCCGGUGGCGGCAUGAAAUGGCGGCGCCGGGCGGCGCCGGGAGCAGCAGCAGCGGCAGCGGUAGCGGCGCCUUUGACUGGGGCGUGCCACAGCCGGCACUGCAGGCUCUGGCGCUGUGCAGCUUCACCAUGAAGCGCUGGGUGUACUGGAUGGCUCGGUCCGGCCGCAACCUGUGCGUCAUGGCGCAAAAGGUGGCCAUAAGCGCAGCUGGCCACAUGCCGGGCUUGUUUGUCAACCCGCGCACAGUGGGCCUUUGUCGGCUGCCGGACGACCCCGCGGCCCGGCUGGACGAUGAUUUGGACCACGUCGGGGUGCAGACGCGCACGGCGCUGGGCGCGGCGUGCUCGGUGUUCCGGGCGGUGCCGGUCAUCGUGCACGCGCACCUGCUAUGCAAGGAGUUUGCGGCGGAGGCGCGGCAGCGCGCCGGCAGCGCCGGCAUCGGGGCGGCGGAGGCCGCUGCUGCCCAGGCGGCGGCGGAGGCGGCGGAGGCCGAGGCGGAGGCUUGGAAGCUGCUGCUGCUGGACUUCAGCCACGCAAGCUGCUUCGAGCUGGUGGCGGAGGUGACGGAGCUCAUGACCAACACGGUGGCGGGCAGCGCCGUGAGCAGCGAGCACGUGCGGUGGACGCUGUACGCGCUGCUGCACCUGGCGGUUGCCUUCCCCGAGGACGCGGCCAGGGAGCUGAAGAAGUACCAGGUGCCCUCGCCCUACUUCUCGUCGAGCCCCUCGCGGCCCGCCACCGGCCCCGUGCCCAAGGUCACGGCCGACGCGGCGCUUCAGGCUGCCUGUGUGCAGGUGCUGGGCCUGCAGGUGCAGGGCAUCGGCACCAUCGCUGCGGAGUUCUUUGUGUUGGGGCGGCUGAUCAACAACGGGCGCGCGGAGCCGCGCGAUGUGGAAGCCCUGAAGGCGGGGUUUCCGUUGCUCGCGCCCUGGUGCUCGGUGGGCAAGCUGCCUGAUGCACUGUGGGCGCGGCGCGUGGCGGCGCUGCUGCCGCCUUUGGCGUUGGCUGGGGAGCUUGUGGGCAUGUCGAGCGACAUGUGCGCCAACCGGGCGUGCGUGAGGAUGGUCGGCGACAGCGCGGCGGGCGUGACGCUGCAGCGGUGCGGCGGGCGGUGCGGCGGCGCGGCGAGCUACUGCUGCGUGGAGUGCCAGCGCACGCACUGGAAUGCGGGGCACAAGGAGGCGUGCGGCAAGAGGGCAGCGGUGCCGAAGUGAUGCCUGGUUGUAAGAUGGAGGCUAGGAAGUGGGCUGGACAUGGCAGGACUGCAGGUGUGCCGUUUUGCCGUUGUAGGGCUUUGAGUUUGGUUGCAAGAGGGUUGCGAAUGCGCUUGUGGACACUUGGUGCGUGAGCAGGACGUGCGCGGGUGGCGAGCGGGUUGCGGGUUGAGGGGCCAUGAAGCUGUUGGGCGUUGCCUGGACGGAACGCGUCCCACGCAGGCCGCUGUGUACAGUGGGGUCGACAAACACUACACACUCUUACAGUGCCUUUGUGGUGACUACGGCCUGUAGCCAGCAUUACUAAAACGCUCAGGUCCAUCCACGGCAGAGAGCGAGGAUACAUGAUGCGAUGAUGCCAACAUCGGGACUACGCUUUCCUGCCCCUUGCCAUGUUCCAUCACGAGCGUGCGUGCGUGUCUGUGCUGGCGCUUCUGGAAGCUGGAUGCGUGUUCGAGCUAUGGUCAGGCGGCAUGCUUGUAAAUGCGCGUGCAG